AUGCUUGCUCUUCGCUUGAACACACCCACACUGCGUGCUACUGCCAACCACGGCCCUAGUGGUGGUUCCGGCUCUGUUGCUCAGGACAAGUCCUGGAAGAACCGUGAGCAGGCGGAAGAGAACAUGUACGUUCUCCGCCAGGAGCAAGAGAAGCUCCGCAAGAUGCGCGAAACUGCUGAGAAGCAGCAAAAAGUUGUUGACGACGUACGUGCGCGACAUGACUAA